UUGAUUUCUCGCUUAUGGUCUUGUCUUUGUUGCUUUCACCGGGUUUGUUCGUAAAACGAGAAAAUCAACAUUUAAGUGGACUAUCGUUUUAAUCGUAUAACUACGAUGGAUGAAAGGCUGUAUGGAUCUUUGCCCAAUGCCCCUUCGGAAUAUCUCCAACAAUGGGUUCAGUCAGCUCAGCAGCACCUACAGACCCUUCAGGCACAGUAUCCACACAUGGCUAAUGGCAAUGCACCUUAUAUGAUGGGGGGACCCAGAGAAGAGGGGGUCAUGCAGCAGAUGCCUUUACACCCAGAAGAUGCUGCCCAGCAAGAGCCUGGUGCACCACAGAAAGCACCCGCUAAAGGCAAGCGAGGAAGACCAGCAAACAAAGAACCAAAAGAACCCAAAGCCCCCAAAGCCCCCAGAGCCAAACCUGGACCUAAACCCAAGAAAGCAAAGGAGGAUAAGGAGGCCCCACCUGCUGAAGGACAGGAGAAAAUUGACGAAACCUUCAAGAAAGUAAGGAGGAAAGUGGAUCGCUUUAAAGGCAUGUCGGAAGAGGAGGUCAUGAAAAAGACUCUGCCAGACAUACUUAUCCCCAACCUGGACUAUGUCAUUAUUGGAAUUAAUCCGGGGUUGAUGGCGGCAUUCAUUGGAAGAUGGUUCCCUGGACCAGGAAAUCAUUUUUGGAAGUGCCUUUUCCUGUCUGGAUUCACAGAGAAGCUGUUGAAUCACAUGGAUGACGAUACUUUGCCUGAGAAAUAUGGCAUUGGCUUCACAAAUAUGGUGGCAAGAGCGACACCAGGAAGCAAAGAUCUCUCAAGUAAGGAGCUUCGAGAGGGUGGAAAAAUCCUAGUAGAAAAAAUCAUGAAAUUCACGCCACUCAUAGCAGUUUUUAAUGGGAAAUGUAUUUAUGAAAUGUUCUGUAGAGAGAUGUUUGGUAAAAAACCCAAAAAGCUUGAAUUUGGACUACAGCCUCAUAAGAUCCCAGACUGUGACACGGCGUUGUACCUGAUGCCCUCUUCCAGCGCUCGCUGUGCCCAGUUCCCACGAGCUCAGGACAAAGUGCACUUUUACAUCAAGCUAAGAGAACUCCGGGACCAGCUGAAGGGUGUGAUCAAGACUAAGGAAAUUGAGGAAGUGGAUUAUAGCUUCAAUCUCGGCAUGGCCAAAGAGGAUGCUAAGAGAAUGGCUAUCAAAGAAGAGCAGUAUGAUCCUGGUUAUGAGACGGCAUUUGGGGGAGCUUAUGGAGAAACUGCCCCUGAUAUGGGUCAAAGCAAUGGAUUUUGCAACUUUGCAUCUGAGGAAACAGGAGAAGCAGCCGAGAAGGCACCUACGAAUCCAAACCCAGCCGACCAAGUUCAAGAUGGUCAGUGGAUGAAUCAAUCCUUCGCUGAUCAGAUUCCAGACAUCGGCGGUUCCUCUCAAGCCCAAACCUGGGGUGUAUGAGGACGGACCAUUACGAGGGACUUCAUGUGAAGCCUGUUGGAAGACUUCCCACGCUCUUCCACAGACGCCGUGCCUCCUGUCAGUUCUUCUAAGAACCUACGACAGGAGUCUUAAUGUGCACUGGUUUCCAUCUCCUUUGCUUCACUGAGACAGUCUGUUACUUUUCAAUUACACAAUCUUAUAUCGGCGUGAUAUGUCACAUUGGCUAUGUGGACUGGAUUUAAAGAAUGAUGUGAGGAAUCGUGGUAUGAUGCAAAGUGACCUAACUUGCACAAGGAGAGUCCAAUGGCUGCUAAGCUUUAUUUGGAUGCCUUCAUGAUCUUGGAUAUCUAUCUAAGAAGAGACUCUUAAAAACGUUUUUGCAAUGAAUUUCAAUUAGAUCUUUUAGGAAGUAGCAAUUUCUAUGGAAUUGGAGUAUUUACUCAUCUUUUACAUUAAUGGUUAAGUGAAACAGUGUCCGAUUUUGCUCCUAGGGCAACUGUUGAGUUCAAGACACCUAAACUGGUUAAUCAAUGUCUUCAGGUUUACUUGAAAAUGAUGGGUGGGUGUGUUUGAUUCGGAGUGGAACAGGACAGGAGCAGAAUUAGACACCUGUGGUUUAGAGUUAUUGUUACUUUGAGUAGUUUAGUGUACAGUGGUUUAGAGCACUGGUUUUAUUGAAUUUCAUGUGAUAUCAGGGACUGAUACUUGAUUUGCUCAUAAGGCGAGUUCAUUUCAUUUGGUGUUUUUAGAUGAAACAUUCUAUGUUGUUUGCAUGUGUAGAUAUAUUUGAAAUAUAACUACACGAUAGUUUUAAACCCGGAAUUUGUUUAAACACCAUUUACACUAUAAUACCAAUCCAGCAACACGAAACAUAAAAUUGUAUCGUUUUGUUAUUUGUGUCAAGAUACAUUUUUUAUAUGUUGGAAGAUUCUGGCAUGAAUGAAAAACAACACAAUGUUACAAUUAGUGAUAAUUGUACAUUAAACAUUUUCUUUACAUGUGUUCUUAUAAGGAUGCAUGCUGUCAAUGUUUAAAAUGUGAAGUCUUCACCUUCCGCAGUACUGUAAGUCACGACACUUUGUGACCGUUUAUACAAGUGAACAUGGCUGGGCUGCUCUUGAACAUGCCAUAGAUUAAGUAUUUAUCCAAAUGCUCCUACAUGUUGCUAUUUUUUAACCCGUUGUAAACAUGAUUAUCUUUUUUGUUCAUUAAAACACAAUUAUCCCGA